CGGUGGUGUUUCCGGUCGGACAGUGUUCCUCUGCGCUCCUCCAUGUGUUGUAGCUGAGCUCGCGGUCUGCUCUCCGCGCUUCUUGCUGCUUUUUCUCGGGUUCUUGUUUGCUGGCGGCCGGUAAACAUGCCGCGAUCCGGAAGCUCCCUGUUCUCCGGGUUCCGCGUGCUGGGACUCUACUCCAACCACGUGCCGCACGCGCUGCGGUACCAUCUGAAGCACCGGGAGUUCUACGUGGUGACGUCAGUGGGCCGAAGUUUCCACACAUUCAACGUGAGCCGCCUGGGGAUCGUCUCUGUCAGCAACACUCUGGAAGAUGACAUCACGAGUUUGGCGGCUGACCGGAUGUUGGUGUUCGCCGCCAGCGGGAAGCUGAUCUGCGCCUUCGCCCGGAACAAAGAGGUGGUGAUGCGUUACCACGGCCACAAACAGGAAGUGCGCCUGCUGCUGCCGCUGGGGGAUCAGCUGGUUUCUGCAGACAGCGGCGGUGAUGUCAUCGUGUGGGACGUUAAGGAGGGAGACAUCUACCUGCGGCUGAACUUUGACCCUGGCACCUUUGACGUGUCGGCCAUGAUGCACCCGAGCACAUACCUGAACAAGGUGCUGCUGGGCAGCUCCCAGGGUGCACUGCAGCUGUGGAACAUCAAGACCAGUAAGCUGCUGUUCACCUUUCCUGGCUGGUCGGCCGCCGUCACCGUGCUGCAGCAGAGUCCAGCGGUAGACGUGGUCGGCGUUGGCACGGCGACGGGGCGGAUCGUCAUCCACAACAUCCGACUCGACGAGACGCUGAUGAGCUUCACGCAGGACUGGGGACCAAUCAGCACCCUGGCUUUCAGGACAGACGGCCCUCCCAUCCUGGCCUCCGGGAGUCCUCAGGGACACAUUGCCUUCUGGGACUUGGAGCGCCGGCAGCUGGUAGCCCAGCAGAGACACGCCCACACAACGGCGGUCGCCGCGGCGACGUUCCUGCAUGGAGAGCCGCUCCUGGUCACCAACGGCGCCGACAACGCCAUCAAGGUUUGGAUAUUUGACCAGGAGGGGGGCGGGGCCAGGCUGCUCAGGUGUCGCCGGGGCCACAGUGCCCCGCCGUCCACCAUCCAGCACCAUGGCAACGAUGGGAAGAACAUCCUCAGCGCAGGUCAGGACGGGACACUGCAGUCUUUCUCCACCGUACACGAGCGCUUCAACAAGAACCUGGGCCAUGGAUCUGUCAACAAGAAGAAGGAGAAGAAGAAGAAGAAGGGCCUGUCGUACGAGGAGCUGCGACUUCCUGCAAUCACAGCGCUGGCCUCAGGCGUCACCCGUCAGUCAGACUGGGACGGGAUCGUGGCCUGCCACCGCGGCCGCCUGACCGCCACCACCUGGAACUACCAGCGGUGCACCAUGGGAGCUCACCACCUAAAACCGCCGGCCGUCAGAAAGGAUGCUGUUGCCACGGCUGUUGAAAUCACUUCCUGUGGUAACUUUGCUGUGAUUGGCUCGUCCUGUGGUCGUGUGGACGUCUACAACCUGCAGUCUGGUCUGCACCGUGGUUGCUACGGUGAUGAUGAGAAAGCUCACAGCGGUGUGGUGCGAGGUGUUGCCACGGAUACACUGAACCAGCUGACCCUCACCUGCGGCUCUGAUUGGCUACUGAAGUUCUGGCGUUUUAAGACAAGGAAACAGGAAGAAGUGCUGAAACUUAGCGCUGCACCGGCGGACAUGAAACUUCACAGGGACAGCGGGAUGCUCGCCACGGCGCUGGAUGACUUCACGCUAGCUGUCGUUGACAUCGAAACCAGACGGGUCGUCAGGAAGUUCGCAGGCCAUCAUGGCAACAUCACCGGCAUGACCUUCAGCCCUGACGGCCGGUGGCUCAUUACCACGGGGAUGGACUGCACCGUCAGAACCUGGGACCUCCCCUCUGGCAGUCUGGUCGACUGCUUCCUGGUUGCCAUGGCUCCGGUGGGAGUCUCCAUGUCGCCGACCGGAGACUUUCUGGCCACCGCUCACGUUGACAGCCUGGGCGUUUACCUCUGGAGCAACAGAAGCCUGUGCGGGCCUGUGGGGCUCCGCCCCCUCCCAGCGGACUACCAACCAGUCGAGGAGACGCUGCCCGGCGUCACGGCGGAGGAAGCUACACAGGAAGUGACAUCAGAAGAGGCGGAUGACGCCUACCAGUCAGCGGAGCAACUCGGGGCGGAGCUUGUGACGCUGUCGCUGAUGCCGGAGUCUCGAUGGAAAAGUCUGCUGCACCUGGACACCAUCAAGAAGAGGAACAAGCCUAUUGCGCCCCCCGCUGCCCCGCCCACUGCCCCCUUCUUCCUGCCAACGGUUCCUGGUCUGACGCCUCAGUUCGCCUUGCCCCCGGCAACCAAGGAGGACACACAGUCCAAGGUGCUGCCAUGGGGUUCGCUGACUCAGAGGUCCGAGUUCGGUUCUGCUCUGGAGUCUGCUCUGGAGUCCGGAUCAUAUGACCGGCCGCUGCGACUUCUGAAGGAUUGUGGGCCGUCGGGAGUUUCUGUGGAGCUCACCUGCCUCACGUCAGAAGGGGGCGGAGCCAACAACCUCCUGCUCGCCUUCAUUCACAUGAUUGAUAGGAUGCUGGCCAGCGGGCGGGACUUUGACCUGGCACAUGCUUACCUGGCUCUUUUCCUGAAGCUUCACCUGCGCGCGUUGUCGAAGGACUCUGUUGCUAUGGAGGCGUUGCUCCGCCUCUCCUCCAGACUGGAGUCUGGGUGGGCGGAGCUUCAAGCAUCGUUCAACCAAUCAUUGUGUCUGCUGUCGUACACAAAGAGCGCUCUGCUGUGACACACACACCUGCACACAAUUUGUAUCUGAAUAAAGUGUUUCCUGUUUCUGUA